AUGGCCCCUCCCUCUACCACUCCCAUUGCUACCCAGUCCCGCGCCCGCCCUGCCCCUUCCCUCGCUCGAACGUCGUCCCCCCUUCCCCGACGGACCUCCAAUAGGUCUGCGACAGCUCCCUCUGAGGCGAGCCGUACUACUCUGCACUUGCCCAGGCCCAGGCAGCCGACCUUUCGCUCCUGGACCCUGCCUUGGUCAGAUCUCUACAUUCAGGUGCUUGCUGUCUUGUGGGGCGAUGAGCGCAGGGACGAGUACGAAAGGAAGCUCGCAGAAUUGCUGGAGACGCGCCCUUGCCCGCGCACUCUAUUGGAGGAGGUUGACUUUGGUGACCCGGCUGGAGAUGAAGACGAGGUGAGCGUGGAUGACCGGGCAGACGAAUCUGGAGAGUCCUUCUGGGAAGGCGGCGUGUUGGAUUCUAGAGAGUAG